AUGGAUUUGGAAACAGCACGUGCCAAUUAUCCAAACAGACUAGAGAGGUUAGAAGAAGAACGUCUUAUGGACAUGCCUUUCGAUGUUAGUGAACCUCAAGUUGAAGGACACGACGGCUUUGCCAGAUUCUACUGGAAACAUGACGAACAAUUGCAUCCUUUGAGAAGGAAAAAAGGAAAAGGUGAAGACGCACAUGCUCCCAUGGAAAGAACAAGAUAUGCAUAUGAAAAGUAUCGUGAAGUUAGAAGUCAAAUUACAUCUGGUCGAACCUUUACAGUAAACUUUGACGAAGGAAAGAACAAAGAAGGCUUCAUGGGAGUACUUGCUGCAAUUCAAGACGGAAAUAAGAAAGGACACAAUCUCAGAUUGACCAUAACAGAUUUGGAUGGUCACAUUUACUAUGCACAUGGCAAUGAACAAACAGCCGCAAAACUUCUUGACGCUUUCAAGACUACAAAGAGAGAACAAAUGGUUGACUCCGACUCAGACAUUUUGAAUGCAAUUGAAGGAAUUGCAAGUGUCAAGUUCGAAUGGUACCAACCUAACCCUCAAGCAGUCAGACAACAUGCUGGAUACUUCCCGUUCAUAAAUAAGUCUGACAUUGACUUGACAAGGUAUGGAAUUUACAAUUCAAUUGAAACAAUUGUCAAUGAACCUUGCAUUCUUACAUGUCUCAGGAACUCUGGUCUUGUUACAGAUGAGAAGAUGAAGUAUCUUGAGUCAUGUGUGAAGACAAGGUACAUUCUCAGAGGUCAAUUGGCAAAAAUUGCACCGUUGGCAAAUGUCAAUAUCCGAGUCAACAUACCUACAGCUAAAGGUUCUUCACAUGACGACUAUGUUGUUGACAAAGACUUACCAUGGUUGAAGAUUGUAAUUGUCCACAACCACUUCAUGUUGAACGAAAGUCUUACAAACCCAUUCUUUGGUAAAAGUAAGUGCAACAUUGUCAGAGCU